CUGGUGCCCAGAGAGUGGAGAGGAGGGAGGCGGAGUGUGCAGCAUAAUAGCACUUAAGCACAUCUGCUGUCUCUGCUGCUGCUGCUGCUGGAAUAUGGUGCGUCUAUGACAGACCUGCUAAAUGCACCCCCGGUGUAGAGAAGCCCCCUUCCCGCUGCAGGACUCCCUCGCCAUGAAGGACACGUGGUGGUGGAUAUAAAGCCGCAGCCUCUGCUCCAGUGGAUUAUGAUUUAUUCUGCUCGGACUCUCAUUAUACAGGAAUUGAUGUGCUUUCAGUUGGCGGGUCAUUAUGCUGCUGCACCUGUGUAGUGUUAAGAAUUUGUACCAAAACAGGUUCCUUGGUUUGGCUGCCAUGGCUUCUCCUUCAAGGAAUUCUCAGAAUAGGCGUCGAUGCAAAGAACCUAUGAGGUAUAGCUACAAUCCUGACCAGUUUCAUAAUAUGGAUAUUAGGAACAACCCCCAUGAAGGAGUAACCAUGCCACGUUCCACAAGUGACACUGACCUGGUAACUUCUGAUAGUCGGUCAACUCUGAUGGUUAGUAGUUCUUACUACUCAAUAGGACACUCACAGGAUCUUGUAAUCUACUGGGACAUAAAAGAAGAAGUGGAUGCUGGAGACUGGAUUGGCAUGUAUCUAAUUGAUGAAGUCUUAUCAGAAAACUUCUUGGAUUACAAGAAUCGUGGUGUGAAUGGAUCUCACAGAGGUCAGAUAGUCUGGAAGAUUGAGGCCAGCUCUUACUUUGUUGAGUCUGAAACAAAGAUUUGUUUCAAAUACUACCAUGGCGUAAGUGGAGCUCUACGUGCUACAACUCCCAGCAUCACUGUGAAAAAUCCAACUGCCCCUAUCUUUAAAAACAUCAACAAUGAAGAAACAACACAGGGGCAAGGAAGUCGCAGACUCAUAAGUUUUACCUUGUCAGAUUUCCAAGCUCUGGGUUUAAAGAAAGGAAUGUUCUUCAAUCCGGAUCCUUACCUGAAGAUUUCAAUCCAGCCUGGAAAGCAUAGUAUCUUCCCAGCCCUGCCUCACCAUGGACAGGAGAAGAGAUCAAAGAUUGUAUGCAACACUGUUAAUCCUGUCUGGAAAAGAGAGCUUUUCAGUUUUGUCUCCCUUCCAACUGACGUAUUGGAAAUUGAAGUAAAGGAUAAAUUUGCCAAAAGCCGUCCAAUCAUCAAACGAUUUUUGGGAAAGCUCUCUAUGCCAGUACAGCGCCUGCUGGAAAGGCAUGCAAUUGGAGAUCGUGUUGUGAGUUACACCUUAGGUCGCAGACUUCCUACAGAUCACGUCAGUGGACAACUGCAGUUCCGAUUUGAAAUAACAUCAUCCAUUCACCCUGAUGAUGAAGAGAUCUCAGUGUCUUCAGACACAGUGCCAGGUACAGCUUCUGCCAGUCCACUUCACAACACAAAUGAGGAGACCCCUAUUGAAUCACAGAGAAGAGCUUCGGUUGCAACUGAAUGUUCCUCUCAAGAAUUGCCAAAUGAAUGUAUUUCUGCAAAUGGUCAUGACAAGAACUCAGCAAGUGGCAGCAGGUCCACCAGUCAAAACAGCUUGCACAAAAACAUCACAGGAAGUGCCAUGGCAAAUGCGUCUGGAGCAGAACUUACAGAAAACUUGGAUUCUGGCCAAGCUGAGAUGACUUUACCUGUUGACUUCAUAGAUUCUGUUCAGGAGCAAGCAGCGUGUGUUGAUUCUGAAGCCAAAUUAGAGAACAUUGUAGUUUCUGUUGCUGCUGCUGCUGCUGCUGGGCAAAAUGAAAAUCCAGAGAUCCUGGAUGUAGAUGAAGAAAAUAUGUUACUUGAAGCCAGUAAAGAUCAAGAGAAAGCACCAGAGGAACCAGAGGGAGGGUGUCCCUUACCAGAUGGUGAACCAAAACUUAGAAAUACGGUAAAAAGGAAAAACAGGCCUUGUUCAUUGCCAGUGUCAGAGCUGGAGACAGUCAUCGCAUCAGCAUGUGGAGAGCCUGAAACCCCUCGCACACAUUACAUUAGGAUUCAUAAUUUACUCCAUAGUCUGCCUUCAGCACAGAUGUCAGGUGAUGGAGAUGAGGAAGAGCAAAACAGUGUUGAUCUUGAUGAAGAAUCCACAGUUAAGGAAACUUCAGAAAAAGAUAUUGUUAGUGAAACUGAAACUGUUGCUCCUGAUCCUUCAUCUGAAGUUGUCAUUGAUGAAAAUGAUGAUGUUGAAAACAGCAGGAGCCCUUUACCUCUUGAUAGCACGAGUCCUCAUCUCCCUUCCUGUAACCAUAAUUGCCUGGAUGUGGAGUUGCUUAGAACAGAAAGUGAAAGUGACUCAAGUGCUAGGGUCCAUGGAGACCACGAGUGUGACACUUGUGACACAUCUUGUUACAGCACAUCCUGUUACAGCACAUCCUGCUACAGCACCUCAUGUUAUAGCCCCUCAUGCUAUGAUAGUCACAACCGCUUUUCCAGUCACACCCGCUUCUCUUCAGUGGACAGUGCUAGAAUGUCUGAAAGUACUGUCUUUUCUUCCCAGGAUGAUGAGGAGGAUGAGAACAGUGCUUUUGAAUCUAUGCCAGAUUCAAAUCAAAGCCCAGAGCCUGAAAGAGACCAGGCUGAUGGUUCUAAUCAAUGGUCUGAUGAUACCUCUGGUCAAAGUGUUAAUUCAGAAAGGACUCUUGGUGUCCUGGAAUCUCCUGUAGCUGGGCCAAGCAAUAGAACAGAAGGGGAUUGUACCUUACCUAACACCACUCCGUCUGUAACUCAGCUACCAUCUCUGAGGGCAGAUCAUCACCACUAUCCAACUAUUGAUGAACCUCUUCCACCAAACUGGGAAGCUCGUAUUGACAGUCAUGGAAGAGUUUUUUAUGUAGACCAUGUCAAUCGAACCACAACGUGGCAGCGUCCAACAACAGCAGCAACACCAGAUGGUAUAAGCAGAUCUGGAUCUAUCCAACAGAUGGAGCAACUGAACCGCAGGUAUCAGAAUAUCCAGAGGACUAUUGCAACAGAAAGAACAGAAGAAGAUUCUUUAGGUCGUAAUGACAGGGCACCCGGAGUUGGUGAUUCGGAGACAGAUCUGUCUCAGCCAAACACAGAGUUACGAAGAGAGGGAUCCCUAACACCCAUAAAUUCCCAGAAAAUUACGUUACUGCUACAAUCCCCAGCUGUCAAGUUUAUAACCAACCCAGAGUUUUUUACUAUACUGCAUGCAAACUAUAGUGCCUACCGAGUUUUUACAAACAGCACCUGCUUGAAGCACAUGGUUCUGAAAAUCCGAAGGGAUGCAAGGAACUUUGAACGCUACCAGCAUAACAGGGACUUGGUGAACUUUAUUAACAUGUUUGCCGACACCCGGCUAGAGUUGCCACGAGGAUGGGAGAUCAAAACUGACCAACAAGGAAAGUCUUUCUUUGUAGACCACAACAGUCGAGCAACAACAUUUAUUGACCCAAGAAUUCCACUUCAAAAUGGGCGCCUUCCAAAUCACCUGACACACAGACAGCACCUUCAAAGGCUUAGAAGUUAUAGCGCUGGAGAGGCUUCAGAAGUCUCCAGAAAUAGGGGAGCUUCUUUAUUAGCCAGACCUGGCCAUAGUUUAGUCACAGCAGUUCGAAACCAGCAUCAACAUGAAGCUGUACCUCUAGCCUACAAUGAUAAGAUUGUUGCUUUUCUGCGUCAGCCGAAUAUUUUUGAGAUGCUACAAGAACGUCAACCAAGUUUAGCCAGAAAUCAUGCACUCAGGGAAAAGAUUCAUUACAUACGAACAGAAGGGACUCAUGGAUUGGAGAAAUUAUCAUGUGAUGCAGAUUUGGUAAUACUGUUAAGCCUUUUUGAAGAAGAUAUAAUGUCAUAUAUCCCUCUACAAGCUGCCUUCCAUCCAGGAUACAGCUUUUCCCCUCGCUGUUCACCUGGCUCCUCACCUCAGAACUCUCCAGGGUUACAGCGUGCCAGUGCCAGGGCGCCCUCCCCAUACAGAAGAGAUUUUGAAGCCAAGUUAAGAAAUUUCUACAGAAAACUUGAAGCCAAAGGGUAUGGUCAAGGCCCAGGAAAAAUUAAACUCAUUAUUCGCCGGGAUCAUCUUUUGGAAGGAACCUUCAACCAAGUAAUGGCGUAUUCCCGCAAAGAGCUCCAGAGGAAUAAGCUGUAUAUCACAUUUGUUGGAGAGGAAGGCCUGGAUUACAGCGGCCCAUCUAGAGAGUUCUUCUUUCUUCUCUCUCAGGAGCUCUUUAAUCCCUACUAUGGGCUGUUUGAAUAUUCAGCAAAUGAUACGUAUACUGUACAAAUCAGCCCUAUGUCAGCUUUUGUUGAGAACCACUUGGAAUGGUUCCGGUUUAGUGGGAGAAUCCUUGGACUUGCCCUUAUUCAUCAGUAUCUGCUGGAUGCCUUCUUUACAAGACCCUUUUAUAAGGCCCUUCUACGGCUUCCCUGUGACCUCAGUGACCUUGAAUACCUAGAUGAAGAAUUUCAUCAGAGUUUACAGUGGAUGAAGGACAAUGAUAUAACUGAUAUCCUGGAUCUUACAUUCACUGUCAAUGAGGAGGUGUUUGGGCAGGUCACUGAAAGAGAGCUCAAGUCUGGGGGUGCAAAUAUUCAGGUUUCAGAAAAAAAUAAGAAAGAAUAUAUUGAGAAAAUGGUGAAAUGGCGAGUAGAGCGAGGAGUCGUACAGCAGACAGAAGCCCUUGUACGGGGAUUUUAUGAGGUGGUAGAUUCAAGGCUUGUAUCUGUAUUUGAUGCAAGAGAACUUGAGCUGGUAAUUGCAGGAACUGCUGAAAUUGACCUCAAUGACUGGCGCAAUAACACAGAGUACCGAGGAGGAUAUCAUGAUGGCCAUAUUGUCAUCCGGUGGUUCUGGGCAGCAGUGGAAAGGUUCAACAAUGAACAAAGGUUACGACUCUUGCAGUUUGUCACUGGGACAUCUAGUGUGCCAUAUGAAGGGUUUGCAGCUCUGCGAGGAAGCAACGGGCUGAGGCGAUUCUGCAUAGAAAAAUGGGGGAAAAUAACAUCUCUUCCAAGGGCACACACGUGCUUCAAUCGCUUGGAUCUUCCUCCAUAUCCUUCUUAUUCAAUGUUACAUGAAAAAUUGUUAAUAGCAGUCGAGGAGACAAGCACCUUUGGACUUGAAUGAGCCAAUACAAGGACAUCUGGAAUUUUCCUGACUGGUGAAUUCAUAUUACUAUUCCACAGACACAGGCUGUCCUUGUGGUUAUGUUUUCACAGUGCAUUUUUAUUUCAUUUUUUUUGCAGUUCUGUUACAAAAAAAAAGCUAAUUAUGAACAUGCAUGGGGAACUGGUUCCCUCCAAAGUCCUACCUUUUUGCUUUCUUCUUCAAAUUCCAGCAAUCCACAAAGUUGUAUGCAAUAUAAAAACAAAUUCAAACUGGACUCAAGGCUCUGUAUAUCUUUGCAUACCUCCAAAUUAACAGUAGAACACAGUUGUAAACAAGCAUACUGAGGUCCAAGAAGAUGACCCUUCGCUAUAUCUCUGGCCACUUAGCAAAAGGAAUUACACAACCUGUGAUCACGUGUCUGGAUUUUUCAAUAUGUACCAAUAGUAACAAGCAAAAUAUCAACAUCAUGUUAAUCAGCUGGAACAGAGGGACACGGUAUAGACAAGACAGCUCAGAAUAUAACAAGAUAUUCUCAGUUUUGUUAAUUUUGUUAAUAUUCAUUAUUGUAAUGAGGUCACAUUUUCAUACAUUUAGGGAGGGGUGGUCUAUCUGUUAUCACACAUCACAGUGAAAGCACAAAUAUGUGUUCUUUGCAACAGAGUGUCAUAGUGUGUAGAAGAAAGAGCUACCGUCCAUUCACUUUCCCACUAGCUUCAACGUUUACUAAACUGAAAAGCUCUUUGUGUGGAGUCCCUUCUAAUUUCACCAAACCUUGUGGAGUUCCCUCUGAAUUCACUUCCUGCGAAGUCGGUUUUGAGUUCACACCUACUUUAUUGGAUUGUACAUAUGUUCACUUGUUUUAUAAAAAUCAUAUAUUUGCCCUGCUGUCAAACUAAAUGCAGGUGUCUGUCGGUUAAGCGAAAUUUACUUACCAAAUCAUCAAUUUGCCAUUUGAAAAAAAACUUAUGAAACAGUUUUAUUACUGUGAUGCUAAGGAUAUCUACUUUUCAAAAAUAAUGAACCUUCCAAACAUCAAUUAUCAGUUUGUAUUAGGGCAGCACUGAAUCCAGGAUUUGGCCAAGAUUCAGCAGGAAUUGGAUUCAGCCAAAUCCACAGUCCUGCCAAACAGAAUAUGAAUCCUUAAAAUCAUGUGACUUUUUGUCACAUAAACACGGAAGUUGAAAAAUUUUCGCAUGGUUCUCUUUAACCCUUUCUUGUCCUUGCAUAUGCAGAUUAGGAUUCGGUUUGUUAUUUGGUCGAAUGGGGUUUGGCCGAAACCAAAAAUAGAUUUGGUGCAUCCCUAGUUUGUAUUACCCAGGACUAUAUAUUUAAUGAAUGGUUUGUGUAUGUUUUGCUAAUCAAAUGCUGAGGUCCAUAGACAGCAGUCAAAAAGCAAGCCAAGGGGUCAGAUUGUGCUAUUCAGUGGCUGCUUACGUAGAAUGCCUCUUGACAUAUCAACAGUAUAGAUGCUCUUGCUUUAUUGAAUAAAUUGAAUUGCAGAGAAAGAAUCUCAAUGCACACAGUUAAGCUGUUCUCUUUUACUGCAUUUCAUUGUCUGUUUACAUAAAAAAGUACAAGCAGUAAUACCCCCCUAAUUUACAUUUCCCUUAAUGGGGAUAUCAACCCAGAAUGUAAAAAUUACUUGCUAGGAAAUAAUUGAUAUAACAAUUGUUGUCUUUUGAGCUUGUAAAUACCUUAUUAAAGUCAGUUUUGUCCUCCAUUAAUCUUUUAGAUCUUAGCAGGCAAUGGCAUCUUCCCCUGGAACCCUCUGGAUUAUGCCAUGCAUGCCCACAAACUGUGAAUUUUAUCUCCCAUAAUUUAUUGCUGUUUAAUAAAAUUGCAUUGCUAUCA